GUGAAGGCCAGUUUAUAUCCGCGCGCCGAAUUGAUAACUGAUUUUUUUCGAAGUGUUGUGUUUAUGCACGCAUACAUAUAUGUAUGUUUGUAUACAAAAGUAAAAGAAAUCAUAAAUAUACGCAUAUCUGUGCAUGUGUAAGCCAUUGACCUAAAAGCGCAGUGCAAAAAUUCAAAACAAACAAAGGAAAGGUGAAUGAACAGUACACGCAAAAAUGCAUUUAACAGCGAUGGCUAACAUGAAGCUGUAAGCUUACAUACCAGUUAACAGGCUGUAUGCGUGGGUGAACGCACCAUUCAAUAGAAGUAAUGAACUUUGAGACUAAAAUUUCAAAUAGUUCCCCUGAAAGUCUUUUAAGUUCCUCUCCCAUUCUGUUUGCACCGAGUAAUUAAGAGAUAAUUACUUAAACACGAUUUCGAUUAAUGCUUCACAGACGGGACGACAUUAAACUAACAACUAUCAGAGGGCAAUAACACCAGUGCGCCAGUGUAAACAGCGCGAGUAAAUAUACACUGAGCAAGAACUUGACGACUUUUGUGAAUUGUUCUUGACUACAGCCAAACGGCUGAGUGGACUACGGAGCAGAAGAACGCUUAUCAGCUUCGCAUAUCAAUUAAUAAAAUUACAAAAAAUUUGCCGAUUUUUUUAGACGAAGUGAAGACGAUAAAAAUCCACGAUUGCCUUUCGAAACCGCGUAAAGAGGCUGUCAUUACCGACAAAGCGCAACUGGAUAUGCAGAUAGUAAAAAAUCAGCAACACUUACGGAUGGAGUUAAUGAGCUGUAAGUGUUUGACGACAAUCAACUAGGUGCUACAUACAAUUUUCUCUGUGUCGGCGUUUUAAAAGUGUUGCGAUAAUGGUAAAAGUUAACAAACGGCUUUUGCCGAUAAAGGCACAUUUCUUCUUCUUCAUGGCGGCAAUGGGUCCAAUUCUGCCACAACUGUCGGUUUAUGGAAAACAGUUGGGCAUUCCACCGGAUAUUAUGGGCUAUAUAACAUCGGUCCUGCCAAUUAUGUAUGUAAUAGCGAAACCGAUUGUAGGCUAUAUUGCUGACUAUUUUUCGCAUUUCCGCAAAUUUAUCUUCUCGCUGCUAAUCAUCCUGAUGACACUCGCUUAUGCCGCCUUCUAUUUCGUACCGCCAUCAGCACUGCAGGCUAUCGAUGAUGUGAAUGCUACUUGGAGUGUCAGUUUCAUAGCUUCGAAUGUGUCCAACUGCGAUUCUGAGAUAUUAAAGCUGCCCUCGGUGGCUCACCCAGCUCUCUGCUUCUUCGAUGGUGCAAAUAACACUGAUUUCCUUGCAUACUUUACGGCUACCUCAACAGCUUAUGCUCAACAGCUAAACUUAACAAGCAACGUGAUAUCCCCAGCCGAUACGCACAUGUGCUUCACCUCAUCUACUUAUAACACAACAACAGAGUUGCCAACUCCUACCAAUGUUUCAUGCCAUUUCACGCCGGACUUACAACCAGACUACAUUUAUUGCACAUCCACUUUCUGGCUGUUUGUUAUAUUUAUGUGCUUGGGAACAAUUGGCUUUAAUGUUGUCAACUCCAUUUCGGACGCAAUCUGCUUUGAUAUGCUUGGAGAGUCUGAAGAGGGCAAGUAUGGCGCGCAGCGCGUUUGGGGCACGAUAGGCUUUGGUGCUACGGCACUGCUUGCGGGGAUUGCGGUAAAUAUUUGGACUGCAGAAGCACUCAAAAGUUUUACACCAGCCCUCAUCGUUAUGCUUAUCUUCAGUGGCCUCGAUCUGCUUAGCGUUUCCAAGCUGAAGUUGCCGAAGCUCUCAUCGUCAGAGUCCAUUUUCAAAGAUGUCUGGAACUUGGUCAGCCACCCGGCCAUAGCUAUCUUUUUGGUGUUUGCUACAAUUGCCGGUAUAAUCGACUCAUUCAUUAUUUACUUUAUGUUUUGGCAUGUCGAAGAGGUGGCCGCCGAAACGGGCUAUAUGUCGCAGAUUAAAUUGAUCGAAGGCUGUGUUGUUGCUGCCGAGUGUCUUGCCGGUGAGGUGCCUUUCUUUUUCUACAGCGGCAAAAUUAUCAAGAAGCUGGGCUAUAUCCAUUGCAUGACUAUGUGUUUCUUUUUUUACGCAAUGCGCCUCGCGCUCAUCGCUUGGAUACCGAAUCCCUGGUACUUAGUUGGUGUGGAAUUGUUCUUCCAAGGAAGUACCUAUGCGCUUUGUUACACUUGUAUUGUGGCCUAUGCAUCAGCUGUGGCGCCACCUGGCACAUCGGCGACAGUACAGGGUCUAAUGGCUGGCAUGGACGACGGCUUGGGUUUCUCUAUCGGUUCGCUGGUGGGUGGUUUGGUUUUUAAACACUUCGGCGGUCGACGAAGCUUCUUCUACUUUGCAAUAUUUGCAUUUACGGCGUGUGUGCUUCACAUGUUGGUGCGUCCACGAUCGCGUAAGAAGCAAUACUUGCCCAAGAGUGGUUACCAAGUGCCUAACGAACAGGUGACUGUUGGUCCGUUGGGUUUAGCAGAGCAAAGCAAAGCGUGAUAAAGACUGUAACGGUGGAUAUUUUAUGCUACACAAUUUGUUUGUGUAAUUUAUAUUUGUAUUAUUGACAAUUUUGCAUGCAUACGUUUAAGACAGUGAAAUAGUAUACUUAUAUAUGUAAGUAUGUACAUACGCAUGUAGAUUUAUAUGUUACGAUUUUGAUACAAACAUUUCAUCAAAAGGUUUAGUUUUUUACCUAAAACGAACGAAAUACAGGGGAAUACGGAUUUUAGGCAUUUGCUUGAUUUUGUAAAACUGUACUCAAGUCAAAUAAUAGUUUAUAUGAGUGGUGGCUAAAUAUAAGUGUAAAUAACCUUUUUUGUUGAUAGGAAAAUAAGAAAUAAACGUCAAACAAGCCAAAUAUAUCCUUUCGUCUCUGUUAUUUAUGCGAAUUAUUUCUAAUUUAAAAUGCUUUACAAAACUCUACAUUUUCCUAACCCAAUUCCUAAGUAUCAUUUGCUUCAGCGACCAAAAAAUGUUUGCUUACGUUGUCAGCUCAUGGCCUUUGUGCUGUAAUGGAGUGAAUUUAGCGAUCACUCUUGUGGCGAAAUGAGGUUAGGAAGCUGAAAUCGGUACUAUGCAUAAGAUGUUCGUGCUCUAUUGACCAGGGAUGUGUCUUUUUUGAACGUCCAAAUAUCUUUAUCAGACUUUCUCUGAGACGGUUGCGUGCAAAAUAAUACGAAUCUAGCAAACCUUACCAUUUUUGUAGAUAGCCAAACAGCGAUCUAGGCACUGGCCUCAGCGCACAUCGAUUCAAGAUGUGUUAAAGAAUGCAGGAGGUCACUCUCGCUUAUCAACAACACAACACCUCACUUUGUUGGGUUCCCGGCCACUCUAGAGUGGAGCGAAAUGAAAGAGCGAAUGAGUGUGCAAGGAAAGGCUCUGAACUGGACCAACAGCGAGUGGUAGAGGACAUUAGCAUUCCUCUAAACGAACUGUACACUGCGAUUGGCUUGGGAUGAAGGUGGUCUCUGACUACUAACUGCAGGGUCUCCAAAGCGCUUUGGCCAAAACUAAAUCUUAAAUGGACAAAUGCCCGCUUGGAUUCAACAGAUCAACUAUUAGCGUCCUCACACCUGUGUGACUGACGGGUCACUGCACUAUUGGCACCUUAGCCAGAAGAAUGGGUGUACCUCGCGGGAUUUUGGGAGAUGAGGAAAAAAUUGAGUCGGUACAACAUCUCCUUUGUGAAUGUCCUGGACUUCCAAGAAGCCGUGCCGAAUAACUUGG